AUGACCCAGCGCACUAAAUUUAUAAUAAAUACUUCCGUGGAGUAUUUUUCGGCCCGUUUGCCGGGCUCCGAACUGGACGAACAAACGGCCAUGAUCCUGGAGUUCCUCGAACAGGAGGAGCACACCGUCAUCUCGGCGGUGCACAGUAAGAGCGAUGGCAAAAUCCGAUUCCACCAUCGGAUUCCGAGCGAGGAGCUCUGCCUGCUGUUCUACAAGGUGCCGCAGGUGGGCCAAAAUCCCCGGGAGGGAGGCGGUGAGCCUCUUCUGGGCAUUUUGACCCUGGAAGGGGGCCUGGUCAAGUCGAUUUACAAUUCCGUUUCUCGGGUGUUCUCGCCCUCUGCCAACUCAGCCCGGCGCAGCGAAUAUGGGCCCGAGUUGAGUGGCAUUCUGGAGAACUUGCACCAAAACUUGGGUUCCAGCUUGGGAUUGCCACAGAGUGGCAUCACAAGUCUUCGAGAUGAGAUCAAAUAUUGGAAACAAAAGCUAGGCCAAAAGUCUAGUUCUCGUUUAGACCGAGAAGCAGCACAAGUAUUUAUUGGUGUCCUGGAGAACAUUGAAAAACAAAUGAGCACAAUUGACGGAUCAAAUCCGAGUGGCACGAUUGAGGAAUUUCUCGACCACGCCCAUAACAAUCUGGAUGAAUUGUGGCGCCUUCCCUACAAUUAUCCCCAGCAGCGAAUGUCAGAUCUGCUGGACAUAAUUGGAAAGCGAUUGUUAGAGGUUUGUUUGACCCAAUUGCUGGCCGAGGACAUUUGGAGUCUGAACUCAAGUCAUGUCAACAAUUUGAUGAGUCAAAGCAUCGAUACGGUGGAUGCAUGGAUUCAGCUCUGCGACUCCCUCACGCGACUCUUUUGGCCAAAUUAUGUAAAGCAUCCGUGGCUGGGAGAUCCUCACUUGCCAAAAAGGGGACAACAAUUUAAGGAGCGACUUAGUGAGAUUCGGAGCAUCAAACAGCUCUACAAACAAAUCGCAACUUUGCUCGACGAUGCAGAACUGCAGGAAAUGUUUCAGGAACAAGCUCCUUUUACGGACUUUAACAUCUUUGACACAUCCUCGCUGGGGCAAACAAAAUGGCACAAGGCUCUGCACCAUUUUGAGCAGGUCCUGCAGCCAAUCGACGAACGAAUUGCCGCGGCUUUAAAGGCUCAAUUGCAUAACCACCUAAGUAAUCCACGACAAGUGAUCUUCAUCUUCUCUAAGUACGAAACUCUUAUUCAAAGACCGGCUGUCCUGGAACUUCUUACCAUCGAAAGAGAGCAAUUCCUGCAAUCGCUGCACAUCCUUUUGCAGGAUUUACGCAAGGCGAUGUCUGAUUCGAAUAUGGAACCCGAUACCGGUCACUUAUCAGUGAUUUGUAACGAAUGCCGUUGGCUAAAAGUGGUGCAACAUCAGAUCCAGGAGAUCGAGAAGGUUAGCCAUUUGAUAAGUGGACGCGAGGGUUUCGACAAGAUCAACAAGGCAGUGCAGGAAAUCAAGGAGGAAACCGAGUCUUUGCUUCGUACGAAUUUUGAGAUUUGGUCGGGACAGUGUUCUACUGCUGUGAAAAGCGGGGAACUAAGACUUCGUGACGAUCAAGCUGUUGUAAAGUUCGAAAAAGAAGGUCGCCAACUGAUGCGCGUGACCUUCAACCCUAAACUGGUCACCUUUUGCCAGGAUGUGCGCGAAUUCGAGAAUCUUGGCUAUAAUGUCCCUCUUGAAUUAAGAGCUGCUGCUACUCAUGCAGCCAAAUAUAUGUGCUAUGCCAGAAGACUGCAGCAAAUCGCCACUUUUCACAACACAAUUGGAGAUCGAAUGAUUCCCUGCCAGCGGCCAAUUAUGCUGAAGAAUGCCUUGGAGUUGCAGAGAUUGGUACAAAGCGAAACUGUAGCCUGGCAGGACGAGUCCUCUGUCCAGCGAUACGUUGAUAUCCUGCAAGCAGCUGUUUCGAAACUCUCGACGGAUAAUACACUUCUUGUGGGAUAUCAUGAACAGGCCAAGAGAACGGUAAUGAAACUAAUGUCCACGGAUCUGUUCACUCAAAACCAAAUCUGGAAGGACGAGCUGCGUCAUCUUCGCGAACUGGUGGCCACUUUGGAGCGUCAGGGAUACACCCACUUGGAUGCCUUCAAGCUGCACUGGGAUCACCAAUUAUACAAGGUCCUUGAAUACCAGUACAUCUAUGGAUUACUCGACAUGAACAAUAAGCUGCCAGACAUACAUGUAAAGCUAAUUCUGCGACAGAGAGAACUGAUAUACAGUCCGCCGGAAGAGGAAAUUCGUGACUUGUACUUCAGUCAGCUGAGAAGAUUUAUCGAAAGACCCUGUAAUUUCCAUGGAUUAUCGGAGCACAGCCAAGAGUUGUUCAAAUCCAUGGUUACUGUGAAUCGUCAUCACUUUGGACCACUUUACCAAAGAGCAGCUGAGUUGUUUGAUAAACUGGAGGAUUUCAAGACCAUUUGGUUGCCCUGGAUCGCUUUGGGAUGUGUGGAUGUGGAGCAACUGUGUGGAAUUCACCUUAAUGAAGCCGAUGAUUGGGAUCGCAACUUCAGAUCCUGCAAACACUUUAGCCAACAGUUGGCAAAACUUCAGCAGGCAGAGGAAUCCAUUGACUGCAUAGUUAUCAAUGUCCUUCCCCUAAGAUCGGAUAUAGAAUACAUAAGCAGGCGAUAUUGGGAGUCUCUGGCGAACAGUUUAAGGACUGCAAUCCUCACGGAUGUGAGUUUGAUUCAGGAAUUCCUGCAAAGUGCUUUGCAGUUUCUGCAAAAUGUGCCAAUGGAUGAGGGGAGCAUUAGUCAAUCGGGCAUGAAGUACGAAAAGAUAAUGAGUGAGCUGCCGCUGAUCGAGAAAACUUUGGAUUCGGUUAAGGAAAAGGAUGCCUGCUUGGCAGGUUGGUGCAAGGAAAGAGUCACCGCUCUUUCGGGAAUUCUUCAGCAAUGGGAAGAGCUGCAACCUCUUUUGGAAAAUCAUGCAGUGAUCCUCCAGCGGCAAGUGGACAUGAUAAAAAAUCAGGCGGAAACACAACUGCAAAACCUGAAAAACGAAGCAGAGAAAUUCCUUUUAAGAUGGGAAUCCACAAUUGCCGAACUGGAAGCCAAUGAAAAUUCUACCUUAGAGGUUUUCAAAGAACGCAGACUCCAUUGGCAGCAAUUGCAGGAGAAGAAGAAACAACUUUUGGAGGAGUGUUCCAAAUUUAACAUGGAGUUUCCAUCGGAAAUGCUUCUUCCCUUUAAGGAAAUCGAAGAGCAGAUGGAGCAGCAAUCAAAACAAUGGCAGGUUUACGAUGCUUUCCUCACUGAACUGCAACCAAUUCUUCAGGAGGAGUGGGCCAUUUACAGAAGACGUCCCUAUGUCCUUAAUGAAUUUAUUGGCAAGUGGGAGGGCUCUGUUCACGCCUCCAUUGAUUUACCCUCAAAGAGAAUCCGUCAGCAGGUGGAAAGACUUCAAGCAGCUUUGCCCAUUCUGCAGCAAUUGCAAUCGGAUUCGUUGAGUGAACGACACUGGGCCAGGAUAUUUCAGCUCCUGAAUCAUAAGGAAACCAAGCCUCUACACUCAAUACUUCUUCAGGAUAUCCUAGAUGAUUUUGAUGUCCUGCAAUCUGCCUCCACUGAAAUUGGAAGUAUAGUUAGACAGGCUUCGAGUGAGCAAAUUGUGAGACAGGCUUUGGUUGAACUUGAUCAGUGGUCGGUUACUGCCCAACUGAAAUUGAUCACCAGAACGGAUGCCUCUGGUCAGAAUGUCUCUUUGAUUAAGGACUACCAGGAGGUGCUCAACAAGAUCGGGGACAAUCAAUCGUUGUUGCAAUCUGCCAAGAACUCGGCUGCUUUUGAUAGCUUUUCCGAUCAGGCGGAACUUUGGGAAAGUCGGUUGAAUACAUUAGAUGCACUUCUUAGUAGCUUAAAUCAUUCCCAAAGGCGCUGGGUUUACUUGGCACCUGUCUUUGGCUCUGGAACUUUGCAACAGGAGCAGGCGCUAUUCAAAAGAAUAGACAAGGACUUUCGUUUUGUGAUGCGGGAAAUCGAAAUGGACCCUCGGGUAACUUCACUCACAAAGAUAAACAACAUCACCACCAUUGUGAAUGCACUGGAAACCCAAUUGGCCAGGUGCCAGCAGAAUCUGAUGAGCUACAUAACUGACAAGCGGAACUCCUUUCCCCGCUUCUACUUCCUGGGCGAUGAUGAUCUCCUUGAGCUGCUUGGACAGGCCAGCAAGGAUGCGGAUGUCAUCCAGCGGCACAUCCGUAAACUGUUCCCCGGUUGUCACAGUCUCAGCAUCCGGCAGAUGGCCAAUCCAAGUCCUGCCACAUCCUCCGAGAUCAAUCAGUACAGCAUUAUGGCAGUGCACAGUGCCGAGGGCGAUGAGCUCAAGCUAAGCCAGCCUGUCGAAAUGAAGGGCGACAUCGAGCGCUGGUUAAACCAACUGGUAACAGUGAUACAGGAAACUCUACGAGAUCAGAUCUACGAGUGCUAUACCAACACCUCCGGAGGCAGCGAUAACCUGAGUGAGAAGGUCCUGAAAACCUACGCCAGCCAGGUGCUGGCCACGUCCAGAGCCCUUCAUUUCACUCGUCAGGCGGAGCAGGCCAUCGGCGGCAUGUCCUUGGGAAAACUGCAGCAACAGUUAAAGGACGAAAUCAACCACCUGGCUGCGUUGAAAAACAAAUCUGCCAACGGAACCCUGGUCAGCCUCAAAUUGAGAGCCCUUCUGCUGGACUUGGUGCACUACUCGAGUGUGGUGGAGCAGCUGCAGAAGCACAAUGUGGUCCACACCAGCGACUGGCACUGGCUGUGUCAACUGAGAUAUUACCUGGGAAAGGCGGCCGGAACAUCGGGCGGCGGUCCAGUUAAUGCCAAUCGACAAGUUUGCGUGCGCAUGGUUUAUGCCGAAUUUGAAUACGCCUACGAGUUCCUGGGCCAGGCCAGCAAGUUGGUCCACACGCGGCUCACCCACCGCUGCUAUCUCAUCCUCACGCAGGCCAUGCACAUGGGCUUGGGCGGUAAUCCUUUUGGCCCGGCCGGCACCGGCAAGACGGAAUGCGUCAAGGCCCUCGGGGCCAUGUUGGGUCGCCUCGUGUUGGUUUUCAAUUGCGACGAGAACGUGGACACCGAGUCGAUGAGCCUCAUCCUCACAGGAUUGGCCCGCUGCGGGGCGUGGGGCUGUUUUGACGAGUUCAACCGGCUGCAGGAGGCCACCCUGUCCUCCAUCUCCAUGCUGAUCCAGCCCAUCCAGAGUGCUUUGAAGGAGCGCUCGAAUAGCGUCCAGAUUGGGGAGCGACAGGUCCAACUAAACCAGCACUGUGGCAUUUUCGUAACUCUAAAUCCAGCUGGAGCUGAGUAUGGAGGUCGACAGAAGCUCCCCGGGAAUAUUCAGGCGCUUUUCCGACCCAUUGUGAUGCAACAGCCGGAACCGGGGGAAAUCGCUCGGGUAAUGCUCUUCGUCGAGGGGUUUGCCGAGGCCUCCUCGAUUGCAUCCCGCAUCGUGGAGCUGUUCGAUUUGUGCGGGAAGAUGUUAUCAGCCCAAAGGCACUACGACUGGGGACUCCGGGAACUGAAGACAGUGCUUCUGGUCUGCGGUGAAGGAUUGAGGGGGCAAUUAGCCAGCGCGGAAAAUACGCAAUCAACUGCCAACGAGGAGAUGUCGGUUGUGGUUCGAUGUUUGCGCUCGUCCACCAUGUCCAAGUUGGCCCCACACGAUGUCACUCGAUUUGAGAUGCUGCUGCGGAAUGUCUUCCCCGAGAUUGGCAGCUCUCCGGCGCCAGAAACGCAGCUCCAUCAAUCUCUGGCUGCCGCCUUUGCCCAACUGGGACUCUGUCGAAGCGAGAGGCAAAUUGAAAAGGCCCUGCAACUGCACGAGCAGCUGCAGAAACGAAUGGGCGUGGUGCUGGUGGGACCGCCAGGAUGCGGAAAGUCCACCGUCAUGGCCCUUCUCAGACAGGCGCUCAGUGGCUCCCAACUGAAGGUGCACACCAUCAGUCCGAAGUCCAUGAGCAGAGUGCAGCUGCUGGGACGCCUGGAUGCGGAUACCCGUCAGUGGCAGGACGGAGUGCUCACCCACACGGCGGUGGCGGUCAAUCAGGAGCCAUCUCAAGUCCACUCGUGGAUCGUCUGCGAUGGCAGCAUCGAUCCGGAGUGGAUAGAGGCACUCAACUCGGUUCUGGAUGAUAACAAGCUCUUAACUUUGCCUUCUGGCUGGAGAAUUCAAUUCGGAAGCAAUGUGAACUUUAUUUUCGAAACAGACGAUGUGAGGCAUGCUUCACCGGCCACCAUUUCCAGAAUGGGUAUUGUCAACAUGAGCUUUGACUACUAUCCUGCUAAGGAGAUACUCAAACAUGAGCUCUCCAAAGAACCUUAUGGAGAUCUACUGCAAAGUUACGUGGAUGGCAAUUUUCAAUAUGCUGUCGACUGGUUGGAAAGUCAAGCUUUAUUGAGUCAUCUUCCCGGAAUAAAUCGGGCCCAUCUCCUGCGUUCUUUACUCCUACAACUCCGGGGUUCUCAAUCUCUAGAGGAAUACGGAGCUGCCACCCUUCGAGCUCUUUUUGGCUAUAUACCCAACGAUCGACAGAGGGAAUUCGCACAGCUGAUCAUAAAGCGAGCCAAUCUCUACGUAGCCAAUCCCAAUCACGCUGAACUGACUUACUAUGACAGCCGUAGAAAUUCCCUAGAACAAUAUCCCAUGGACGCAAUGGAGAUACCAGAGAAGGGCUCUCAACUGAUAAUUACUGCCUACAUUAAAUCGUAUUUGGAAAUACUGGAAACACUGCUGAAAACUCAGGGAAAUAGAAUCCCACCCUUCAUGCUAAUUGGACCAAGUGGUUCGGGGAAAACGCUGCUCAUCCAGAGAGCGGUGCUGGAGAACUCUGGCUAUCAGUUGGCGACAAUUAAUUGUUCCACUCAACUGACUCCUAGUUACAUUCUGCACACCUUGAGGACGCACUGCGUCACAGUGAGUGGAGUUAAGGGCAGGGAGUACCGACCGAAGCAAGCGAGAUUAGUGCUCUUUAUGAAGAAUCUGGACCUCUGCCAGCAGGAUUCUUGGGGAGCCUGCGAAGUGGUGGAGUUGCUGCUCCAACUGGCUCAACGUGGUGGCUUCUAUGCCGAGAAUCUCGAAUGGAUCGGCGUGAGCGGCUUGCAGAUAUGCGCCUCCAUUAGCGGAAAUCCCGGAAAAAUCGCACCGCGUUACUUUGCCAUCAAUCAGUUUUUGCGCGUUUCCCGACCCUCCAGUCAGGAUAUGCUGGAAAUCGUCCAGCGGCGAUUGGAGCCUCUUUUGGCGGAGCAUUUCAGGGGCUCGACGAUUCGAGGAGGGUCCGGGGUCAAUUUACAGCACGUCAGCGAGAGCCUGAUGGAGUGCUUCGAGAAGCUGCAGGCAACUUUCACCGCCACUGGAGGAAGGCAGGCGCACUACCAGUUCAGCCCAAAGUGCAUCAUGAAGCUGCUGGACGCCCUCGCCUUUUAUCCCGCCAGUGAUUUCAAUGAGGCCCUUUAUUGCGAGCUUUUAGGCAUGUUCCGCGACAGAUUGAUUAGCGAAGAGCAUGUGCAGCAGUUCGAGGCGAUUCUGAAGCAAACGAUGCGCAAAUACUACGGCAAGGAGAAAGCAUUUUUCGUGCCCAAAUCGCCAAAGUCGAAGGGUCAAUUGCAUUGCCUAACUCAUGAUGAGUGGCUGGAGGAAGUUCAGAGGCAGGUUGCCAUUUGCAAUACCGAAAGCUAUAGCAUAACAGCACCUGUCACAGAGGAACUCCUGAAUACCACGGCUAGAAUAACCAGAGUUCUAUCGCGAACUGAUGCCCACAUGCUCAUUCUGGGGCAAUCUGGAGGUAGACACCUGGAUGCCAUCUACACGGCGGCCACUUUGCAGGAGGCCAAGGUGCUGACAUUGCAAGGAGGAUCCUCCUAUGACAUCUCCGAGUUCUACAACGAUCUUAAAGUGGCCAUGCAAACUGCUGCCUUGGAGCAGCAGAUGACGUAUUUGCUAAUUGAACACUGCUGGCUGAGUUAUGUACCGGAUAUCCUUAAGCCUAUAGAAGCUCUGUUAGAAGGCAGCGAGAUCCUAGAACUUUUUGGCGAAGAUCUGGAAACGGUAGCAAGUACUUUAAAACAAGCGGCACAACUAGAAGGAUACCAGGAAUCACUGGGAACAUACUUCAUGAAGCGUGCCCGUGAUAAUCUUCACAUUAUUCUUGUCCUGGAUCCCAGCAGUUCCAAAGUUCAGGACUACUUCAACAACUUCCCUGCUUUGCAUCGCCAAAUGGAUUUGCUUUACAUUAGAGCAGAGUCCAGGGAAACUCUUGCGGUUCUGCCCAAACAGUAUAUAGAACUGCUCAAUGAAUCAGUCGGAGGAGGAGGAGGAAGUGGGCGUGGCAAGGUGCCCGCCUGCAGUCACUUUGCAGAUAUAUCCGAUGAACUUCCGACAGACCAACCAACUCAAAGAUAUUACCAACUCAUCCGCAGCUAUUUCCACAUGUACAGCAAUGCGGCCAAUGAAAUCGAUCAGAGAUUGGGCAAACUGCAAAUGGGAGUGGAUAAAUUGGCCUCGGCUCACGCUUUGGUGGACACCCUAAAAUCGAAUGCAGCAGCUCAAGAACAAGCUUUGGGUGAAAAGAGGCAGCUGGCCAACGAAGCCCUCGAAAUGAUUUCAUCCACAAUGCGAAAUGCUAAUGAACAAAAGUCCAGUAUGUUGGAGCUGAAACAACAGACACAAAAGAGCAGCGAACAAUUGAAAAUCCGGCAAAAGGAAAUCCAGCAGGAAUUGGCCGAGGUGGAGCCCAUUUUGGCGGAGGCCAGCAAUGCCGUGGGUCAAAUAAAAUCGGAGGCCCUGUCCGAAAUCAGAUCGUUGAGAGCUCCGCCAGAAGCAGUGAGGGAUAUUUUGGAGGGCGUUCUGCGAUUAAUGGGCAUUCGAGAUACCUCCUGGAACAGCAUGAAAACAUUUCUGGCCAAGAGGGGAGUAAAAGAGGAUAUCCGCUCCCUGGAUCCAGCUCGCAUUAGUCCGGAAAACUGUGAAGCUGUGGAGAGGUUACUCCUGGCCAAAGGUGAUUCCUACGAAUCCAAAAACGCCAAGCGUGCUUCGGCUGCAGCUGCUCCUUUGGCCGCUUGGGUGCAGGCUAGUGUUCGGUAUUCCCGGGUGAUCCAGAGCAUCAAGCCCCUCGAAAGGGAACAGAAUGAAUUGCAGAAAAAUCUCAAUGCAGCCGAGGAUGAAAUGCAAGAGUUGGCAAGUGGAUUGGACGACGUGGAUAAGAGGGUCAAGCAACUGUCUGCCAAACUGCAGACUUACACCCAAGAGGCAGCAGUUCUGGAACUGAAACUCCAGGAAGCCAGUGGAACUUUGCAGGCUGCAGAGCUUCUUGUGGGAAAACUAAGUGCGGAGUAUGCCACAUGGAGUGAUCAGUUGGCGGAAUUGAAGAAGGCACACAAAACGUUGGAUGGCAAGACUCUACUAAUAGCCAUGGCUGUUAAUUACUAUGCAGGAUUGGGUCUAGAACAGAGGAGCUCUUCCCUCAAACGUUUGUCGGAGGACUUCCACCUGCCCUCAAACUUCGAUCUUCGUGGAUCGCUGCUCACCGAACAACAGCAGAUUAUUUGGGAAAGUCAGGGUUUAGCGAGAGAUGCCCAAAUUAUCGAGAGUGCAGCUUUGCUCAGGGAAAUGCUUUCCCUGCCGUAUGGAGCCUGUCCUAUUCCCCUGCUGUUGGAUCCCACACAAACUGCAGCCGAAUGGUUGAUGGCUCAUCUCAAAGGAAGCGGAAGAGCCUGUGAGUUGACCACCCAUGGAAACGAGAGGCUGUCCUAUCAACUAGAACUAGCAGUUCGUUUUGGCAAGACCCUCCUGGUCACCGAUUGCGAACAGCUGCGUCCUCCGAUCCUCCAACUCCUCCAGGGACACAUUUAUGUGAGAUUCAACAAGCGACAACUAGCCAUCGGCUCAAAGUUGGUGGAUCUCCACGAGAGUUUCCAAUUGGUUUUGAUAAGUAAAUCACAUCGCUUGGAUUUGCCAGAAGAGCAAAGGAGUCAAUUAAACCUUUUACGAUUUACAAUAACAACUGCUGGUUUGGCCGAUCAGCUAAUGUCAAAGGCAAUUGUUCUGAAGAAUGCAGAGUUGGAGCAGCAAAGGAUAGAACUUUUGCAAAAGGAGGGAGAUCUGCUCAAACAGCGUAUGGAAAUGCAGGAUAAACUUCUGGAACAACUCUCUAAAUCAGAAGGAGAUAUCCUGCGAAAUGAGCAACUUUUGAGCAGCUUAAAUGAAGUUAAGCAGAGCAGCGCCCAAAUAGAUGAGGCUCUGAAGCAAAGUGGACAAAUCAGGGAUACUCUACUAUCCCAAUUUGGCUCCCUAAGAAAACUUUGCUCCAGGGCAUCAGACUUUUAUGCAGGCCUCAUUCAGGGUUAUGAGUUAUCUGCUUUAGUUUACAUUGAACUAUUUUUGGGAGCACUUUCGAAAAAUCAACGAGACGAGUCCAAAGUCUAUGAGUUACUGGUAAGAAGUGUCUACAUGAACUUAGCACGAGCUACAUCCAGAGAAAGCCAACUAUCCUUGUCCCUUUGGGUUUGCCAUCGGGCAUAUCCCGAUAAAUUGCACUCCAAAGAAUGGGAGUUGUUUGUCAACAAUUUCAUGGGCAGUUCGGAUGGCAGCAUGCUCUUAAGUCAACUGGGAAAACUGCCCGAUUGCAUGGCCAAGGAGGCUCAAUUAAAGCUGGCCAUGUUGCUACAAUUGUUUCCGGAUCUCAGAAGCAAACUUCAGUUGGAGAAGGAUUAUAUCUGGCGAGGAUUCAUCGAGGCUCAAGCAGAUGAUGUGCUGCCUGCCUUGGGCUCCAGUUUUCAACGAGUGUUGAUAGCUCAGAUUUUCCGACCCGACCUGAUGAUCCAUCAACUGAGAAAGGUGAGCAGCGACUUGCUGGGAAUUUCCCCAGAUUCCUCAACUCAACCUUCGGUGGAACAGUUGCUGCAGCAAAGCAGCUGUGAUCGACCCAUUUUGAUGAUCAGUAAAGCGGAAAACGAUCCCACCACGGAAUUGAAAAAGUGGGCCAAGCAAAAAUACAGGGAAAUGGCAAUCGGAAAAGGCGCUGAGAAGAGAGUUCUCUCCGAAAUGAGACAAGCUGCACUCGAUGGUCACUGGUUGUGUGUGAAGAAUGUCCAUUUGGUUCCGGAAUUCCUCAGUCAAAUGGAAAGGGAACUAAGUGAGAUACAAAAGUCCAAGGACUUUCGUUUGUGGCUUCUGUGCGAAUCCACCGAAGGUUUUUCAGAAUCCGCUGUUUUUAAAUGCCUGAAAGUGCGGUACGAACAGCCCAAAGGACUCAAGCAAAUUGUGAUGCGCUUGCUUCAAAACUUUGCAGCUGAACAGGAUCAGAGCCUCAAAAACCAACCAAAGAGUCUCAAGAUGCGACUAGUGUACUUUAUUCUAACCGCUGUCCUUCAGCAAAGACGACAAUUUAUUCCCCAAGGUUGGUCUAAAUAUUACGAAUUUGGUGAAGCGGACCUAAAAGCAGCUUUGGGUAUCCUGAAAUGGAUGGAUCAGCAACUGAACUCUGGAAAAUGCGAUUGGUUGUUGUUGCAACGUCUAAGUGAAGCUCUGGCUUUCGGAGGAAGAGUAAAUAAUCAAAGGGACUUGGAAAUAUUAAAUACCUAUCUCAAUCAAUUCUGUUCUGCGGAUGUUUUGAGCAACCGCUGGUCUCCACUUGGAUUAUCCCUAUCGAUACCCACGAGUAGUAACCUCCAGGACUAUUACGCAGCACUGGAAAAGUUUCCUGAUAUAGAUGAGCCCAGUAUGUACGGAUUGGCCCAUCAGGCACAGCAACAACGUGAAAUUGAACAGGCUAAACGAGUUAUCAAGGAACUAAGGGGCUUGCAUUACGGUAGAGGAACCGCAGGGGAUUCAGGAACAGCGGGAGAGUCUAGAGGAAGCGAUCAGCUCACUGAUCGUCAGCAGCUGGAACAGCAAAUUAAGCCAUUGCUGAAUUUGUGGAGGAAGUUAGCUGGAUCCUGUACUAUAGUCCAAACGGUUAAGGAGAUGAAAGACAACUCUGGGGAGUCCCCUUGGGCGUUAUUUGUGCUGGCUGAAUUGAAAUUGGGUGCGGAUUUAUAUGGCACUGUCCACCAGACUUUGUCCCAAAUGCAUGCCUGGCUGAAGGACUCACAGGAUGUGGAUGGAAGCACUUUAAGAGCCCUGGCAGAACAGCAGAUUCCUGCCAACUGGUUGAAACUAUGGAGUGGUCCUGGCAGCAACAGUGCCGUAGAUUACUUAAGAGCCCUUAUAGUAAGAGCCCAGGCUGCAGAACUGCGUUUUAAGGAGCAACUGUCUCUGGAAUUUGGCGAGGAGAUCAAUCUCGUGCAAGUUUUCAACUGCGAAAACCUUUUGGCCUGCUUGAAGUUGCAGCAAUCACGAAAGUUGGCCGUUUCAACUGAACAUUUGGAACUGCAAACUUGUGAGCCACAAAAUUCCGAUGGAGAUUCGUCAGAUACAAUAGUCAAGCUGGCGCCUUUGAAGAUUGAUGGCGCAAAAAGUGGAAUGGAAAAGUCAAACCCCUUCUACAUCAGCUACAAAAUAAAGGAAAAAGAAACUCUUGCGUCUGCAAAUUCUUCAAAAUAUGGAAAAAAUUCUUUGUAUCCCACACAAAAAAACGAAUCAAAUCCUAAAUUGCCCCUAUAUUCUCGGAGCAGUCGGGACAAAUUAAUUUGCCACCUAAAUAUUGAUAUUGUAACGGGCACAUCGGAACAGAUCCUUUUAGCUGGAACCGCAUUGAUCGUAGAAGAUUAUUAAAUGAAAAUCAAAAAUGUAAUAAAAGAAA